GAAGGGAGGUGAGAUGAGAUAUGGAAAGUGAACAUAGCAGGAUUUCAUUCUGCCGCAGCCUGGAGGAGGAGAAGGAGGAGGAGGAAGAAGGCUGACGCGGGACGUUUGUGGAGCAGAGCACCGCGGAUUUCCUCCAGCUGGCAACCAGGGGCACAAUGAUGGGAAUAACUGUGGAAUGAUAAAGACCGUUAGCUCAGGAUGGGCAGGCGCAGAGAUCAGCUUUAACUUCAGCCGGUGGCGGUUCAGCUUGGAAAUGGAUGAAUUCCAUCCAUUCAUUGAGGCUCUGCUGCCCCAAGUUCGUGCCUUCGCUUAUACAUGGUUUAACCUCCAGGCCAGAAAGAGGAAGUACUUCAAAAAACAUGAGAAGAGGAUGACUAAAGAAGAAGAGAGAGCUGUUAAAGAUGAAUUACUGGGAGAAAAGGCAGAGGUGAAACAAAAGUGGGCUAGCCGACUUUUGGCGAAACUAAGAAAAGACAUCAGACCUGAAUGCAGAGAGGACUUUGUUUUGUCAAUCACUGGGAAGAAAGCUGCGUGUUGUGUCUUGUCAAAUCCUGACCAGAAAGGCAAAAUGAGACGAAUAGACUGUCUCAGACAAGCUGACAAGGUGUGGAGGUUAGACUUGGUGAUGGUUAUCCUCUUUAAGGGAAUUCCUCUAGAAAGCACAGAUGGAGAGCGUCUGGUUAAGGGAGGCCAUUGCUCCAAUCCUCUUCUCUGCGUCCAGCCACGACACAUCUCUGUUUCUGUGAAAGAGCUAGACCUCUACCUCGCCUUCUACGUCCAGGAGAAGGAGGCAGAGCAGAGUAACAGUCCCAGUCGUACUGGAGUUGGCUCUGAUCAGGAGGACAGUCGGACAGGAACUAUAGAUGGAGCAGAGUUCCAGGAAAGUUUUGUGACUUCAGGAGUUUUCAGUGUUCCUGAGUUGGUCCAGGUCUCAAGAACUCCAGUAGUUACAGGAAUGGGACCUGGUUUCUCUAUUGGGGAGCUUCAAGGUCAUCUGGCUUAUGACCUUAACCAGUCCAUCAAUCAACCGGUCAGCCUGCGACGGUCGCUGGCUAGCACGUCCUCCAGCGGGAGUAAACGCCUUAAGUCUAGCUCCAUUGAAGAGGAUGCUGACAGUCCUGGAGGGGAGUAUUACCAUUCACCUGCAUCUCCUGCAAGCAGUUCCAGGAACUGGACUGAUGACUUGGAAGGAGGUUUGUCUCCCCCAGUGAAGAAGGCAGAGCUGGACAGCCCUUCUCCACAGGAGGGCUCACCAAGGAUGGGAUCCUUCACUCAGCACCACCGGCCAGUCAUAGCAGUGCACAGUGGUCUCUCUCGAUGUCCUCAUCCCUCCUCAUCGCUUCACUUUCCGUCUUCUUCCUAUUUUGCCCAUGGAGCAAUCCGAUACCCUCCCCAUUUGGCCCAGGACCCAUUGAAGGAUCUAGUCUCAUUGGCCUGUGACCCUGCAAAUCAGUCCCCCAGCUCCCUGAAUGGCAGCACUCAGGUUAAAGUGCCCAGCCAUUAUAUCUCCUCUCAGAUGUUAGCACCCCCUGGACCAGCAUCCUCCCUCCCCAGACCAGCAGGUCCCACAGAGUCCAAAGCUUCUACCUCCUCCUCUGAUGGGGGGGCAAAUUCCCCUACAUCACCAACAUACUCUGCUCCUGGGACCCCACCUGCCAGCCGGUCUUCCUUCGUUGGAGUCAACCCCCGAGAUCCUGGGGGGCUGUACCAAGCCCAGUCUUGGUAUCUGGGCAACUAAGCGAACUUUGGCAGAAAGCUGAUGAAGCUGACAGCAUGCUUCUGGAGGAAAUAAUUCCAUCAAGACACUAUUAGAGCAGAAACUAUGUCCAGUUUUCUAGAAAUGCCACACCCUGGUCUCAUGCAUACAUAAAUAUAUAUGACCAUGUAUUUAUGUAUGCUUUUCACCGGAGAGGACCACCUAGAUGGAAGGUGGAUGCUGCUCAGUCAUGUGGCCGUGCCUGAUUGAACUCUGCUGUAUAAUACUACAUAACUGUCAUAACUGACAGCUUUGGGGAUUUUUACAUGAAGACUGUGGAUUGGUAAAACCGUCAGAUUGGUUUCUAAAGAACUAUGCUUCAACUCUGCAGGUUCUGGGAAGCUUGUAAGCCCACUGCAUCCCAAGGAUGGACCUUGUUGUCCCAGGGUACAUGUCAGCCUUUAUUCCAGGCUGUCUAUUUUAAGUCCUGCUGGAGGGCUGUAUACAUCCCAGCUCUAAUGACCAGCACCCUACCUUCAUCAGUGCAGGUGCUGCUUUUAAUAUAUGCAAACAAACCUCCAUUCAUUUCCAGACUGACUAGAAUGUUUCUAUGUAUGUUUGUUUGCACUUUUUAGUCGUUAUUCAGAUGAGCUGAGUUUCUUUUUCAUUUCCAUCCAUCCUGAGACAGAAACUUUCUUUUUUUGACAAUCAUCAGGCUGAAGCUUUUAGGUUGCAUUGCAAAAUGUUUAAUAUGCUUUUAAGAUGAAAACAAGGAGUGAAAUAAGAUUUCUCUUCUUGCUUUGUUCAACACAACACAAGCACUUUUAAAGAUUUAGAGGAAAAGCUCGUAAACUUCUGUGCAUGUUUGGGAUAACAUGCUGGAGAUGUCCGUUCCUAUGGAGACACAGAUUUCUGCCUGUGAGUCAGGACCUGUUGACAUGCAGCCAUGUUUCUGGGUAAUGAAGGCGAUCAGUGUAGAAACAAUGCAGCAACCUGUGGAUGCUUACCUGUUUGUGUUUGUGCAUUCUCUUUCCUGCUCUGUUCUGAGGAGACACAUGAACAUGUUAUAUCCCUGUGUGUGUUUUGGAGUAGAAACCAACAGUGCACUAUGGUCAUAUUGACCUCCUUUUUUUGAGAAAGACUUGGUAUUGUGGAGUGUUGCUGAGCCUGACUGUGCUCUAAAAUGUUUGUGGUGUGGAGGAGCUCUACAUACUGAGCUGAAGAGAGGAGGACAGUGUCUCUUUGACUUCUAGAAAGACGAUUGGGCUCUGUUAGGUUCUGUAAUGGCCAACCUCAACUCUAUGUGCACUGUAUGUUCACUGUGUGGGACCUCAGGUUGCAUUUCAGACCAGAGCUGACAUCAGCAGUGGUGUAAGGAGGCAAGCCAGGACCAGGAUUUAAAGGCAGAUCUUGUUUUUUGAAGUUUGAGCUCAGCUGUAAAAUACUGCUUUAGUCAAUUAUUAUUAUUAUUAUUUCUAAAUUGUGUUGCAUAGAACAUAUUAAACAUGAUCAGUGUUGAAUUUCAUCAGAGUAAUCCCCUGCUGUCUUUAUCUAAAGGAGACUCAAAUCCACAUUCUUAAAAUGAAACCGAAUCACAACAGUAUUCUCAUUUUCUGUUGCACUCCUUUAAUACAUAACUGCUCAUCACUCUUGCAUUUGUUGCUAUGGAGAUUAAAACACUAAACAAAAGUUAACAAAGAAAUACGUGUUUAUAUUAUCGAAAAGUCCAUUUAUUUCACAAACUUUAUCUGUAAGUGAAACACAUUGUAUAGAUUAAUAACACAGACGGAUGUUUGAAAGCCCUUAUUUCAAUUAAUAAUGAUAAUUAUCCACUUACAUUUGAUGGAAAUAUGACAAUUAAAAUAAAUAAACAUUUUAAUCCUGAAAUGUUGCCUUAUAUUUAAAAGUAUGUUUAAUACUUUACCUUUAAUGCUUAAAGAUUAUUUUCAAAAGUUACUUUUGAUCUGACAAAUGAGCCUCAUUGGAACACAUAUAAGUUAUUUGAUACGAUUACACAUUUGAGCAAACAAAGAGUUGUAAAAUUAAGAGUUUACUAAAAUGUGCCCAUUGGAGGGUAGUGGGUUCAAGAAGAACUAAAAAGCCCACUAAAUGUUUCUGUUCGUAAAAGCCUCCAUGUAUGAUAUAGAAUGUGUAAUGAUGUAAUCUGUCUUGUCCUGGGCAGAAGUCAGACAGCUGGUGGAAACCAGUAAUACACAAGACUGGGCCCCAUAGCAACACUGGAUCAUAAAGGGUCUGAACAUCUGGCAAAGCACAGAGACUGUGACCCUCAGUCUGUAGUUCACUUUGCUGUGCUAUACUCCAGCAGUUUUAUUUCCCACCUUUAACACUGACAAACAAACAAAAUUUUAUAAUAGUGCACUUUACCUGAUUGGAGCUGUUGUUUAUCAGCUCAUUUCAUCCCAUCACUUUCAGUACGAGCUGCUUACUCGUGCUUUUUGUCCAAACCUUGCAUGUUUUAAUGAUAAAAGUUAUUUUGUACUUGCUUUGACAGCUCAUAAUUUCAAAUAAUCUUCUUUCUGAAGAUUGUCAAACUCCACUCCUCAAGUGGUUUGAGUUCUGGAUGUUUAAUGAUCACGAGGAAUGACUGGUGGGCCUCCUUCAUUCUGUUAUACACUCUUAGUCUGUGUCCAAAGUGUGUGCUGUCAGCCAUUUGCAGCCAUCGUAAUGAAUUUGCAACCCCCACUGAAGGAUGGUACCAAUCAUAUGGUGCAUAUUUAAUACAGAACAGACAACCAAGGCCUUUCAGAGCACAUGCAGUCCAGUUAAAGUCUUAAAAUAGAAAAAUACAAACCAUUCAUCCACUAUAAACCAUGUUUUGGUGCUUUAAAUCUCAAAGGAAAUAAAUCCAUAAACAUCCAGUAACUUUUUGUCAAAGGCAGAGUGUGGUGCAGCCGUUAAUCUUAAAUAAGCAAGGUUUGUCAAAGAAAGAGUGAAGAUUCAGAAUUAAAUUUUCUUCAAGAAAAGAUUUUGCACAGAAAAUCUAGAAUGUAUUAUUUCUGUUUCAAUAAGGAAAACAUACAAAUGUGGCUGUCUCACUGUUAUAUCUGGCUGGUUCGAUCAGGGUUCAGAUUCUGUCAUAUUUCUGAAGUGUGGCCCAGUUGGGGUCCAGAACCACAAUCAACAAACAGGCCAUACAAAAAUAUUAUACAGUAAAUGAUAUGGCAAAUUUGAUAUUAUUUCUGUUAUUUUUUUUCUUUCUUUCGGAUUUUCAAAAUAUUGACCUACGAGGAGAAAUCCUGACGUGUUGCGAGGUAUAAAGGCAGAAAACAGAAGCAAGUCAGGAUGGUGAAGGAGUGACUUGAUCUGACUUUAAAUCUUAUUAAAUAUUGCUUGUACUUUAUUCAUGUUGAGAACAUAACAAAACGUCAUCCAGAUCUGUGUUUGAUGUUUUUUUUAAUAUAUAUUUUAAUUGGCCAUCAUGCAUGAUGAAGUUGUGAUAAAAUUGCAGCUGUUAUAAUGUACAAUUUUUUUUCUAUUGACUCUCAAGCUUUAACAAGACUCCUGCUGAGUUGUACUUUUACCAAAAUAUAGCCAUCAAGUGUUGGAAGCCACUGUGUGCAGAUGCACACAGUGGCUUCCCUGUUUGUGUUUGUCUACCACUUUCUCUUGCAUGUCAAAGCCUCGUAGUUGCUAGGUGCUACAUGUAAAGAAAAUCCAUAACAUUUAGUCUCGCAAUGAUUUUUCUCUCCAUGCACAUGUUUGGACUUCCUACCGACUUCAAGCUCAAAAGGAAGCCACACAUUUGUCACUUCCUUUCCCUUUAAGGGGAUCUUGCCUGUUCUGCAUGGUGCUGCGCUGACCAAAGGAAUGCAUGGCCUUGCCUAAUAAAUCCCAUCUUUUAUCCUGUUUUACCUUGCAGUACUCUGGAGCAGCUGAUUGGAGGGCCUCUCUGUGUCUUUCUGUUUUUACUACACCACUUCUUUUUUGCACGAUAGUUCAUAAAACACAUGGUGUGCCUUUCCUAGGAAGCAGUAAAACAUUGAGGAAAGCUAAGAUGCAGCAGGCAGCACUUUUAAAGGUGCACGAGGAAGUUUCUUGUCAUUCUGCAGGGUUGCAGAUGUAGAUUUUCCACAUUUAAGUUGUAUUCUCAGAGCUGGGAUGAUUUGGUGAUUGAAGUGAUUGUAUGAAAAAUAAUCUGAUUUCAAAGUUUCUGUAUGUUUCUCUAAGAAAGAUUGCUCCUGACAGAGUCUGCUACUUUUUGGCUCCUUCAGAUUCAUAAGCAGCUCUCUGAGUCUUCAGCACUGAUUCGUCAUAAUUGAGUCAUAUUGUGUUAGACCAUGGAACACCUCUAUCAGUGGAAUGAACUUCCAACCAUGUGACCAAGUCAUGGUCACGUGUGCACUGUAUGUGAAAUUAGGUUCAUUUCUUAUCACACUGGUGCAUAUUUGUAUCAGGAGUGAAUGAAUUAUCCUGUGUGAAGGAAAUGGCUUUCCAGCAUGGCCUCUCUGUAUAUCUGAUGCCGUAGUGUAGAUUAUAGGAUUUCCAGUUAAAACUGUAUCCACUAGUUAAUGGCUAGAAUCAGCGUAGAGUGAGCACUGCAAUCUAGAACACAAUAUCGCUCACAUGUAGGUGCCGCUAAAAUGUAUGUAAACACUAUGCAAUAAUCUGAUAAUACCCUUAUACAAUACAAGUAUGCUAAGUUAUACAGACACAAUCUGCACUGAUUUAAAGUCUCUCAUCUUGCUUUCUACAAAACCGUGUGAUGCCAGCUGUAGUCUGAAAAUGAUUUAACACACAUGUGUCAAACUCAAGGCCCGGGGGCCAAAUCCGGCCCGUCAUAGCUUUUUAUGUGGCCCUCCACAGACUAGACUAAACACUAAGUGUGAUAAAAUAUUAUAUUAUCAAUUAUAUCAAUGCAGUUCUUAUCUGUUUACUGCCAAUUUGUGUCAAUCAAUCCCUCCAGUUUCUUGAGAAUUUAGUUGAUGUAUGAUUAUAAUCCAUGAUUUAUACAGUGGGUAAAUAGUCGCAUUUAUUCCUGAAGGGACUGAAAAGCUCUUCAAUAAUAUUAUGUAAUUUUAAGAAUUCAUUGACAUAUUAACAGUUUGUGAACAGGUUUUAUCAACACAUUCUGGCACAACCGGCCCUUUAAGAGCCUUCAUGGUCUUGAUUUGGCCCAAAACGAAAAUGAGUUUGACACACCUGAUUUAACAGCAUUAGAUAUUGAGCUGCUUACCUCAGCAGGCUGAAAUCAAAAGAUAACCGGACUUUCACUCAGGUUUUCCUAUGAAGCUCAAUUGCAAACCUCCAGAAUUGACAAAGGCUACAUUCAGACAGCAGGUAUGGAUGUCCAAUGGUUUUCUGUGUGGAUGUUACUAUUACUAAUUAAAUGCAAACGCAAUCAGACUUCUGAGUGUAUAAGCCCCAAAGCAAUUCCCAUGUGCAAAAGAAGAAUGUUUAUGGCAGUAACAACAGCCGCUGCUGCAUAUGGAUGAAUUUUAAAGUUGCUGAGAGCCAGCAGCAAGGUCACCAGAUCGUCACCAGAUGAAGGAAGCUGAUGAAAAGAAAGCCCAGCUAACAACUAAAGCCUGUAGCGGAGCACAUACUGGAGCUUCUAGAGAGAAGUUUGUUUGGAUGUGGAGUCAGACCAGGAGUGGUGGGAUUGAGAGGUGAUGCUUUACUGACUCAGACUGCUUUCAGCAUUUCAUGAUUACAAUUUUCAACUGUUGUUUACAUCUGAAUUUACCAUGUCUGGCUUCUUCUUGUGCAGAAUUAUGAUGCAUAUCUUUUGUUGAUGUAAAAAUUGCAUAAAAUGACAUGACCAUUCACUUUGAAAUAGCCUUAGUGAGCUGUCAGUCAUGUUAUGCCAAUAGCUCACUUUGAAAGUUAUCAAAUACAAUUUAGUCCCACUUAUGGAAGUGGUACAGAUCAGAUUUUUUUAAAUUUUUUUGGUGAAAGACAUUGGAAUUGCUCUGUUCAGACUGCUGUGAAAAAGUCAGAUAUAGAUUGCAUUUGGCAAAAAAAUUUAUUGGGUUGCAUUGGCCUGCUGUGUGAACUCCUGGACAAGGAUAGGUGUUGAAAUGUCUUCAGAGAAAACUGAGUGAAAGCUUGGCUCCCUUCAAUUUCAGUUUGUUAUACUACACAUGACCCAGAUGACUGAGAAUAUCUAUGGGCAUGUUGAGCUACUAUUCUUUCAAGUUUAUUUUGAAAUAACUUUAUUAUCCUCUCUGUGUGGCUUCUUGGCUCUGAACAUAUCAGAAUGUAUGAAACAUUUACAGAAUUGGGAAAAGUUGUAAAAAUAAUUUCCAUUGAAUGUUUAAGUAUCUUGUGUUCAUGUAUGUUGAGGUAUGUGUGUGUGUGUGUGUGUGUGUGUGUGUGUGUGUGUGUGUGUGUGUGUGUGUGUGUGUGUGUGUGUGUGUGUUUCAGCCCACAGUGGGAAGUGACAGAAGUAGAGGAUACAUUUAUGAGAGAUGAGAAGGAGGCAGAGGUGGGUUAGAGACAUAGUUUGGUUCUGACCAUCUACAGCAACAUUAGUAGAGAUUAUCAAUCAUUCAUAUGACACAAUUAGGUAAGGUUUGAUUAAAUGUUGCUCCUCCCAAGACUUAGCUAACAGAUGAUGUUAAAAUUGUAAAUGAUAAACAGUUUUUUACCAGGAGAUUUAACUUGAGGUUUGAUCUGAUUCAUGACAGUUUAGUGCUAGAACUCAACACACCAACAAGCUCUGUGAGUCAUCCUACAGAUUAAGUUCUGCAGUUCAGGUCCAGGAUGAGAGACUGCUGGAGGGAAAGAAAAGUCACAGGUGGGGGCAACGAGAUCUUCCAGUGGUUAAAGGAAAAAGGAUGUCAGUGCAUGUUCUGUGUUAAACAUAGAGUCUUCUGGAAGAGCAGAAUAAAGGCACGAAGAGAGUGAAGUCAGAGCCAUUGUGGCUGUAAAUCCACCUAGUUCUGUUUGUUGACUUGAUGGAACAUGAACAUUUCAAACAUGUGCUGAUGGAAAUGUAUGAAAUGUUCAUUUACUCAGGCUUUGGACAGGGAUCAAAUUUUUUUUUAGCUUUUUCAGUCAUAGAAAACUGUAGUUGUUGGGCUAUUGUCUAGCUAAUCCAUGGUCAAAAUCUCAGGCUAGAAUUGUUAGUAAAAUAACAAUAUUGACACUAAACAGAUUGAAAAUAAGGCAUAAUAUUCUAAAGGGCACAAAAUGUUAUUUUCAUUUUUAUUAGUGAUUCAAAAUAAUCAGACAGGUUUGAAGAACUGUAGUAUAAAUCCUUUGCUACAGAAAAAUAAUUAUUUUCAUGCAAACACAUCAAGUCAACAGCAAAUCAAAAAAUUUCCAAAAAUAAUCUCAACAUGCAGUGCCUAUGAGAUUCAUUACAGCAUGGAUACAGUCAUUUCUGUCUUCCACCUCAGUUCAUGACAGUAUGCAACCCAGUGCAGGUCUGAAGGUGACAAGCCAUAAAACAACCCAAAGAGACUGAGCCGGAUGAUGUCCAAGGAAAAACUUCAUAGGAUGAAAGAAGGUAACAAAUCAAGGCAGCUUCUUCUUGUAAUGAAUAUUCAUGGCUGUUUCCUUUUACCAAUCCAUGUAAUGCCUUUUUCUGAACAAUAUGAAAAGGGUCAUAUUUAGAGUAAAGACUCAAUAUUUCAUUAAGAGGAUGUGCUUCUAUCUUAAAGUCAGUGCUGCAGGAACCUUGAGGGUUUUCAGCUUCUGUUGAGCCUGAGCAGGUCACGAAACACGUGCUCAGAGGCCCACAUCACUAAACAGCUGGUGAAAACACACUUCUCAAUAAACAGCAGUCAGAAUGAGUCUGAACAUCCUGAUGACAGACAAAGACUGUUAGCUACACCCACGUGUGUGUGUGUGUAGGUGUGUGUGCGUGUGUGUGUGUGUGUGUGUGUAAUGGGGAUGUGGGGGUCACGUCAUCACCAUUUUAUUUAAAAGCUGUUGCUGCAGCUGUGAGUCCUGCCUUCUUUGCGACUCAGACAGCUGAAGCUGAUCACUUCCAGUUUGUAAGUUGCAGUGAGCUCUGAUCGCUGCUGCAUGGAAACCUGGCUCACUGCUGUCUUUAUCCUGAGAAGAAAUUUUAUUUACCAAAAAGCUAUUUAGACACAGACCAUUUUAGGUGAAGCACUGAUGAAGAAAGCAUUGCGUAAGAAGAAAGCAAUGGUACAGAAUGAUGACUUCAGACUUUCAUCCAAAAGUGUUAAAUUAAUAUGCAUUUACAGUGUGUCAAAUUUUUAUAUAUUGACUGAAAUAUUUCACUCUUUCAGGAUGAGAAAAAGUCAGGUGUUACACUUCAUGUGAGAAAAUGUGCAAAUGAACAAAACUUCUUUCCUUGAUGGGGUCAUGUAGGGAAUUUACUGUUUGCAGACAACAAUGUCAAACCUCUGUCGGGAGAAUUCUUGUUCUGUUCCAGCAACUUGCAUCCCAACGUGGCUGUUUUCUGGACCUCUGCUUUAGUUCAGACUCUUAAAUGAAUGCCCAUUUUGUUCCAUGCUUAAGAAACCCUGCAGCCACAGAUUCAUAUAGUCCCAUGUUUCUAAUUUGAUUUAAGGUAUAUCCUACUUGUACCCUGAUCUGCAGCAGAUGUCCAGAUUGAGCUGUCAAGGCUGCAAGUUUUCCUGGAAUCAGAAUCCUAGUCUGCUGGCUCAUAGCUGCUCUGCUCUUUACUCUGCUUGCUGUAGACGCUUUGUAAAGAAUCAGACACUUUGUUGUGAAAGAUCACAAUUUUGGAUUUUUCCCAACAGAAUUGCUCUGAUGUACAACAGACUGCUUUGCUUAUCUCCCGAUGAAUAUAUUUUAAAAAAUCCUUUUUUCAGAGUGUAGGCAUGCAAAGACUUCACAUGGAAUUGCAUGAUUGUUCAGCCAUGCCCUUUCACAACAGCUUUUCAUACAUGAAGGAAGAAGAAAUAAACAAAACAAAGGGUCAAAGUUUUUACUUUUAUGUGUGGGUUUCUCAGAGCUGGUUGCUGUUCCUUCUAGUUUUCUAAAAACACUUUGUAUCGAAACCUUGUUAUGUAACAAGCCUGAUGUAACCCAGGGUUACUGUCAUUAACUGUCCCAUUGCAGUGUGUGUAACAAGAAGUCAAAACAAUAUUACACAUUUAUAUUUGAAUUAGGAAGAGCUGGACUGCUGAGGUCAGCCUUGAACUGGAUGUUCACUAUGGAAAGGGCUACUGCUUUAGACCAGAGCAGUUUUAAAAACACCUUUGACAGCAUUAUUAUUAUUAAUAUUGUGUUUGCAUGUUGAAUCAAAUAUCCGUCUUUUUAACAUUGACUAAACAUUUUUGGACAGUAUGUUAAAAUUUCUGUUCAUGUUUGAAUGUCUAUGGUUUAAGGUUUCUGUGCAUGUGCAUCUUUCAUUGUUAUUCAUCUGCUUUGGGGGAAACAACACAUUUGAUGAUGUGUCUUUAAUAUUUCUAUAUUUACCAUUCCUAUCAGCAAAUUUUAGUGAAUUCGUUACUGGAACUGAGUAUGUUUUCCUAUGCAAAAUAUACCAUUAAUAAACAAACUAUACUGAUACCAAGAACUGUGUGUAGGUGUGUGUACUCUGGUUUUUAUCAGUAUGUGUGUGUG